GUGUGUGAGAAAGAUCUUAAAAAAGGAUGAAUUAAUAUCGUAAUAUCCAUUACUUGUAUAAAUAAACACAAUAAGUGAAUUACCAUCGAGAUGAAAUGUCAUGAAUCUAAGUGAAAUGUUUCUCGUAUAAAUUGUUUAUUUUUAUUUUUUAUUAGGGAUUUUUUUAUAAUUAAAAUAUCUAGUCACUUAAGAAAAAUAAAAAGGGGGAUUUAAAACGUAACAAGUGUUAAAAAAACAAAAUAAUAGUGAAAUAUUUUAAAGAGAUACGACCCAGGGCGAACGACAUGAUGAAGACGGGCGACAGUAAUUGACGUUGUAGUCGUAAAGGGUAGUUGGACAGGACACCCAUCUCUAUUAUUAUGAAUGAUAUAGUAUACCACUGCGCCAGGAAACCAGACAUUGAGACGAUGAUGAUGAUGAUGGGGAACCCAUCCCAUAAGGGCGUCGUCGUACGCUGACUGACGCCCCUGGAACGUUUCAUAUGCGAGGGGGGGCUGUACUAUAAUAGUAGGCCUAUUGGAAUCAUUGUGACCACCAUUUCCAAAUUCUCCACAAGAUGAUUCUCAGCAAAGAUCUGCAAGAGAUUCUUGAAGGAGUUCACUACUUCCUCAGCGAGACGCUGUCCCACGAGCCCCUCACGGGGAAGGUGGAAUGCCUCCGGCGGGGCCUGGUUCUGCAGCUGGAGGCCCUGGCCCUGUCCUACCCGACGCUGAGGAUACGGGCAAGGUCCUCCGUGUCUCUGCCUUAUCUCGCCAUGGACCAAGGACCCAACCAAUUGCUGCACCGUUUGAGCGAGAGCCUCAGCAGCGCGAGCAGUGGUACCAACAGCUACAGCAACAGUUCCAGCGGCGACGGCCUCGUCAUGGGCAGCGGCAGGGGCGUGUGCGCCGACCAGCAGAGUAUGGCGGACACCCAUAGCACUUUAGACGAGGAAUACGAGGAUUUCCAAGAGAGCAACGAGACGAAGCCCGGGGACUCGAACGGCGUUCUGAAGGAAGGUGACGUGACCCAAGAUGACCUUGACGACAACGAUGAUGUUUAUAUGGAAACACUUGAUGCUAUUGCCUUUAGCACGGUGAUUGCUUCCUGUGACAAACACGGCGUGCUGACGAAGAAGACGAAGGGGCUUCUCAGGAACAUGAAGAACUACCACUGCGUCGCGGCCAACUGUAUGCUGUACCUCUUCCUGAAGGAGACGGACGAAAGGCAGAGGAAGACCAUCGACCUUACUGGUUACACAGCAAGGAUAGCCACAGGGGAAGACAUCAGAGACCAAAGAAAGAGAGACGCAGCUUUUGAAAUUGUUGGUCCAGGGAAGAAGACUCAUACUUUUAUUGCGCGAACGGCCCGUGACAGAGUAGAGUGGUUAGCUGCUCUUGGACGUACGAUAAAGGCAGGCCGGAGUCGAACUCUUCCAUCCAUGAGUUCUCUGUCUGGAAUUUUCGGUCACAAUAUAACAGCUGACAUGAAUACACUCAUCCUUCCACCAAAAGCGUCUCCACCAGCUGCUCCAGCUGUAUCGAAGUCCAAUGACACAAAUAAAGAGGAUGAUUUCUACUACCAUGAUGUUGCUGAUGAUGCCAAAGAAGAAGUGUAUGAAGUAGUGGGUCCGGAAGGGACUGUGUUUGGAAAACCAGUUGGAACACCUGAAAUUAUACCAUCCCGACCAGCAACAAAUCCACCUGGCGAAGAGGUAGAUCUCCAAGACUAUGACCCUGUGAGUCCAGAAGAAAUACCGCCUCCACUUCCUGAUUGUCCACCUCCAUCCACUACCAGCUUUGGCAAAAAACCUGAUAGACCUCCCUUGCCUGUGAAUAUUCAAGAUCGAAUAAACAAACAAGCAGCAAGACCACUUCCAGAUGCCCCAAAAGAUGCAAAUUAUAAUUCCUAUGAUCCAGGGGGUAUUUAUUGUGAAAUUGAAGAGGACUUUGAUGAACCUGCUGAAGAAAAUCCAGUAUCACCAUCUAGUGAAUAUAAUAAUUUUUCUGGUGACACCAGCUAUGUGAAUCGGAGUAAUAUAAGCCAAGACCUUAAGAAACCCCGUGCUGUGUCUGCUGAUGGGCUUCCUCAGGAUUCAGGUUCCAUGUCUCCCACCCUCAGCAGCAGAGCAUCAACAAACUCACUGGUUGGAUCUUUUAGCGACGAAAUUCUUAUGAAUAUGAAUCUAUCCGAUCCAAAUCUUACCCAGCCUAACCCCAAUAAAUAUAUUUUGCGGCCAUCACUUUGUAGAACACCUCCAAAAUUACCCCCAAAAGGGGUCCCCUUGCCAACAGUAGAUGAUGAUGAUUCAGAGUACAAAGUACCGCCUUCAUCUGUAAUGGAGGCGGAGUAUCAGAUCCCUCCUAGCCCAAUUCCAACCGAAGCUGAUCCUGAAGGCGCAAAUCAUGAUGCAUCAGCACAAGCCCUUGCUGCUUCUCAAAUGUAUCAGGUCCCUCCUUUACCGACAGCCGUACCUGUUAAGUCAAGUAACAGUGAUCGGGAAAAUUCAGAGGUUGGUGAACAGAAUAAACAAGUGUCCUCGAGUGCUAAUGAAAAAUCAGAUGUGCAACCUAAAAGUAAUUUGAGAAAUUUUACCAAACCGUUUGAAAGAAAAGAUUUUUAUGUUGGUAGAGACCUCAGAAGUAAACCAUCAAAUCAAGGAACAUCUGUAAAAGAUAUGAUUGCAAGACUUAAUAAAAAUAAAGAUGUAACAGAAGUUAAUAAUACAUCUAAACCAAAGGAGAGUCAGUCCACCAACUCUGGAAAUGUUGCAAAUGCAUCUAAAGACCAAGUUGAUGGAGAUAAUGCUACCAAAACUAGUUCUUCAUCAUGCCCACCUGAGAUUAAGACUGUGAAACCAAAUUUGCCUCCGAGACCUCAGAAUUUAUUUAGUAAGGCCACAUUAACCCCCAAAAAUUCCCUAUCAGUAGAAGAAGACAAAAAGUUGACUCCAGCGAAAGCUACAGAAUCUGAUGACGAUUAUUAUGAGACUCCGGAAGGUAACAGCUUCGAUAGCACUUCACAGCAAGAUGUUAAUGGGGUUAUGAAUGUAGAAGGUAAACAGAGAAUGAAAUCAGAACCAGCCAUAGAUUCAUUGCCAACAACAGAAGGAGAAUGGUACACAGCCAAGUUCGCCUUCGUAGCAACAAUUGACCAAGCAUUGAGCUUCAAUAGAGGGGAUCUAAUCCUGGUGCAUGAAACAGCAGGUCACUCUGGAUGGUGGAAGGCAACAGUUAAAGGCCGGUCGGGAGUUGUUCCACGUGAAUAUCUAAAAAAAAAGGAAUCUUGAAAGAACUGCAAGCUCUUUAAGUUAUUAGGAUUUGUAAAAUAAGUUGGGGUCUUUCACCACAAGGAUGGCAUUCACAUUUGUGUACUCCACAGUUCCAGUGAUACUUUCAGCCCAUCAAAAGUCUAAAGUAAAUCAUGGGACCAUAGGAACAUUUCACUUGUAUUAGUGAAAAUAAAUCAAGGUGUCAUGGUAUUAGUGGAAAGAAUUUUAAAAAAUGAACAAGAAAGGAACAUUAGUACCUUAUCAAUGCAAGUGUAGUGCAUUAUAGUGUAGUACUCUUUUGUCUGUGACCGUGAUGAGUGACUUAUUAUGAAGGUUGCUGGCAACUAAAGGUGCUAGGAGUAUAGCAGUCAUUAUAGAAUUUCGAGUUGCAUAUCUAGAAAUGGAUAUUAGUAUACCCAUUUAUUCAAUGUACAGUAAUUUUAACAAAACAUGAACCAAGACUUUCUACACAUAAGUACAAGAGAAUUGUAUAUAAGCUAUUUAAUGAUGUAGAAUUACAUUACCAUAUUGUGAACAUGUUUUGCACAUAUGCAAGGUUUUUAUGUGCACAGUCAACUAUGGUCACACAAGUUAAAGACGUAGCAGCAGCUUGUUAUAUCUUUCAGGGUUUGUCAGUUUUAAAAAUACUUCAAAAGUAUGUGACUGAAAUUGAGAUUUAAAAACUUUUACUCAGUAUUUUAAAGAUUUCAUAUAUAAAUUUUAUUUAUGUAGCAUAACACAUUUGACAAUUGUAAAGUUGAAGUGCAGAAAUAAGGUUUUCUUGAACUUUCCCACAAUAGCCUUUAACUAAAGGUUGGUGCUUUAUUGCGAGUGUCAUUUUUGUACGAUAUGUCCUUGAAAGUUCACUGCAUCAGAUUUUGACUACAAGGGAGAAAGGGAGCUUACUCUUCUUUGAGGAAUAUAGCUCCUGCUUUGCUCAAGUGUCAAACGGAAUUAUAUUCUUCCCCACGUAUCAAAAUUUAAAGGAUUAACCGACAAGUAGAAGGCCAAAGAAACUGAUAGUUAGGGCACUAACUGUUAAAUGUAAUUUUAUAAUUUUUUUAUUUUACAACUCUGUAUCAUAUUGUAAAACCUGGUACAGUAACUCCUCAACUUACUAGAUUUCUUUACUUGGAACUUGAUGAUGGUAGUUGAUAUCGUUCAUGUUCCAAGUGCAGGCUAUACUAUAGGUUUUUGUUUAUCAGAAGGCUAAACCCUCCAAGUAAGUUGAAGAGUUUCUGUAUAUUUUAAAUUUUCUUACUAGGUUCAUAUGUAUUUAAAACAUCUGCAUUAGAGCUGGCCUGUAGUUUUAUUUUUUUAUUUUUUUGCAUUUCAUCUAUUAAUUUGAAGAGAAAAGGUUUACAAAUUUAUGCUCCAAAUUGGUGUUAUAUGGGUCAUGUUGUUGCCUAACAUUUAACUACAUAGAGAUUUAUUUAUUCAGUUUAUGUAUUCUGUGUAUUUUUUUGUGUAUUUUAUGGUUGUAGAAGGGAAUACUGAACAAGUACUUUCCUCUCUGCACUCUAGGGGCUUCUGAUUUCUUGUAUUCAGAGAAUAUAAUAUUCAGUUCACAUUGGAUGAGGAUGUGACUGCAAGUCAGACCUGAUAGUACCAUUUCAAGAAGUGUGGUUUCAACCCAAUUAAGUCGUAGAGGUAGUCCUGUGGUUCUGGCAGGGCGCUGAAGCCGAAAAUCAUUUUAACCAGAACCAUCUUGAGCAAUGUGAAUAAACAGCAACAGUGCUGUAAGUCAGAGUUACAGCACUAAAAACAAGUUUACAUCGCCAAGAGGCAAGCGCCUGAAGUCUGGAAAGACUUAACCUAAACCUGAUUUAACCUGGGGACUGCCAGAAGUAAAUUUCAAUGUCAAAUUCUUUUGAUAAAAAUUUAGGUAUUUUUAUUCAAUUCACAGUUGCGAAUAUAUACCAUUAAUGGCAUUGGUACCUGUACUCAUCUGCUGUAACCAAAAACUAUUUAUUAGGUCUAGCCUCGUUGCUUCCUUGAGUCAAUCUUACAAAGUCAACGAGGGACUUUGCAAGUUGUGUAGGGCUCGUGAAAUUUUAUUGGAGGUACGUUGUAAACUUUUAGUCAUUCUCAAAUUUCAAGCCAUGGAGAUCUUUGUACAUCUAUUCUUCUCCAUUUUGGAAAUUACAGUUUAGUACCUCCAGAAAAUAAAAUUGGCACCUGGCACGUCUAGUGACUUUUUGUUGUAAAUGUAGAUGCAAGCUUUAUGUAAAGUUAAUGCUCCAGAAUGUUAUAAUCUUUAUUUGAGUAAAGCACUGGAUAUUCUGAAAAGAAAUAAGAUCUACAACACUUACUGUCUAAUCAGGUAAGCACAAGUUUAAAGUAGAUAUUAUUUAAAAAUAUGAGCAUUUGGUCUUCAUGACAUUACAAUACAGUUAUACUAGUCUAUUUUGCCAAAUAUGUAUCAAGUCAUUGUAGUAACCUUAUUAGGUUAAUUUUAUGGCAAAUAAAUGUAAAAAAAAAAAAAUGUAAGUGCUGAAAAAAUAUAUUAAAAAACCUGUUACAUACAAGUGAUUUUAAUAUCCAACAUUUCACCAAGUUUAGUGAUGCUAAAACUAGUCAAAUCCUACAUUCUUUUACUUUAAUACUGACUAAUCAAUAAUUAUUCAUGUAUUUCACCAUAUUUCUGUCAUAGCCUCAGGUUUUAAUGAACAAGCAGUGAUCAACAAACAUUUUUGUCGUUCUUACAUUCACAUUACAAUUAGUCAAAAAGAGUUAAAUCUUCAAGUUUCUUCUGUUACUUUGUACUACAUAACCUCAGUUCUUUCAUUGCAAAAAAAAAUAA